AUGGUGCGCCUAACGUUCGACCUCUAUGAUCACAUCAUUGAACAGUUGGCAAAUAUCGACAUUCGGUCGAUACGUAACUGCGCACUUGUCUGCAGCGAUUUCCUGAGGCUUAGUAGAAGACACCUAUUUCGCAGCAUUACACUGGACUCAACUAAGCCAAAGUAUACACGCCGGUUGGAACGUCUCUUGAACAGAAACCCGUCAAUAGUAAGAAACAUUCGGGACGUGACGUUGGAGCACAACAUCAAUCAGCGGAACAUCGGACCGCACGUUUUGAACCGCCUCCACCGCGUCAGAAAAUUCACUCUACAACUCUGCGAUGGGACGGAAUGUGAUUUCUGUGGAGAUUCUCAGUACGAUUGGGGAGGGUUAUCAGCCCGCCAUAGGACCUACUUCUACUCUUUCAUCCGGUCAAACACUAUCGUCCAUUUGACGUUGGCAAAUAUCCAGAAUAUUUCCGCGACGUUUCUGAGAUGCCUACCAUAUCUUGCAGUCUUGGAGGUCGACAAUGUUUCUAUGCUCGAUUCACCUUUUGACAGGAGUCAUUGUGACAGCGAUUCAAUGGGAAUUCCGAAGUUGGUCAAAAUCUGGAGUCGAAGAAGCAACCUGAUCCCUCUUCAAAAUCUCCUUGGCGAUGAACAUUCCAACAUUAUGCCGGCCGUAGAUCUGACUUACCUGGAGGAUAUCGGCGUUGCUCUGGACGAUGACCCUGCAGGCAUGGAGUUUUUGGGAUUUGUAUUGCAGAACACCGAAAACUUAAAAUCCGUCACACUCUCAGCGUCUGAUGAAUGCCAAACCACUUUUAAAGGAAAAGUCGCUUCAAAACUGAACAAGCAUUCGUUAAAAACAUUGAAGACGAUAAAGAUGAUGGUUAUGAUUGAAGACCAUGAAACGGAUCCUUACCUAUCUUUUAUGGAUGAACUGGAGCAAAUUGGAGGAAAGAAUGUGUUGGAAACACUUUCCAUCGAGAUCGAAGCUGAGACAAAUUGUCACCCAACAACGGAGCUUUCGAAAUGGGCGGAACUCAGUCGCGUACUUGCUGCAACAGAUGCAUUUCCUCAUCUGCGCUCGGUGUCGCUGAAGGUCACACUAAAUUGGUGCCUCAAUACUCGCCCGGAUGAGCUGCAAGCACGACUUCAACACAUUGGCGUGGAAGUAUUUAGGUCUCUGCGGGAAAACGACAAGGUCAAGGUUGUUUUCGAUGUUGUGGUCUGGGAUGUUUAA